AUGGCCGCCGGCAGCGGCGAGCCGUGCCUCGUGCUGCGGCCGACGCCGGAGGAGUUCCGCGUGCCUUUUCUCGAUUUCGUUCGGCGCGUGAUGGCCGAUCAUCCCGACAUCCCGAUGUUCAAAGUGAUCCCGCCGGCGGGCUGGGCGCCCAGGAGGCGGCCGGGCUUCCCCGACCUGGCCAACAUCGAGAUCUCGUGUCCGAUUCGACAGCACGCUUUCGGCAAGGCGGGCGCGUACAGGUGCCUGCUGGUGGAGCAGAAGGGAAUGAGCGCCGCGGAUUUCGAGAGGGUGGCAAUCGGAGAGGCGUCGCACGUACCGCCCAAAGUUGGGCGCAGGGACGACGACAUGUGCGAGCGCGCCUUCUGGAGCUCCGUGACCCUCCGGCCGCCGCUGUACGGUGCGGACACGCCGCAGUCGUUCUUCGACAAGGACCUGCCCUUCGGCUGGAACCUGCGGGAUCUGGGCUGCCUGCUCAAGCAGUACCCGGUGCCCUACAUCCCGGGCGUCACCUUCCCGAUGACGUACUUCGGCAUGUGGAAGUCCUACUUCGCCUGGCAUUUGGAGGACAUGGACCUGAUGAGCGUGAACUACCUUCAUUGGGGGUCGCCUAAGGUGUGGUACUGUGUGUCGCCGGGCAACAAGGAGAAGUUCCAACAGAUGGCCCAGAGCUUGUUUCCGGACAUGCACCGUGAGUGCAAGGCCUUCCUGCGCCAUAAGGACAUCCUCUUGAGCCCUUCGUUCUUAAAGUCUUACAACAUAAAAUACCAUCAGGCGAAGCAAGCGCCUGGGGAGUUCAUCGUGCUGAAUGCUGGGGCGUACCACUCUGGAUUCAACCUGGGCUUCAACUGCGCAGAAGCGGUGAAUUUUGCCACAGAGGACUGGCUGCCUCUUGGUGAGAACGCCACACGGUGCACCUGCAGUGCGCUGAAGGACGCUGUGCGGAUCAGUAUGGACAUGUUCAAGAAGCCACCCAGGAAGAUCACAACUCGUAACCAGGCUGUGCAGAUGGCAGCUGAUGCAGAGUGCCCUGUCGCUGGUCUCCACAAUUGUGAUGAGGUGGUUGUGCCAGAGAGGCGGAAUGCUAAGAAAAGGAGUGCACCUGUUGAGUCGAGCUCCAUGCCUGAGCGCAGGAGAGGGAAGAAGUUGGUUGCAGCAGUGGCAUCUAAGGUAGUGAAGGGGAAGUUCAUGGACAGCACGGGGAGUGGCAAGAGGGCAAAUAUAAAGGCGGCAGGAAGGCGGCAAUGCGCCGUCAAGCGCAAGGGUCAGCAGGCCAACGCUGGUGGCAGAAAGCGGGUCCGAGGUGUGGCCAGGGAAGCAAGCGAUGGCAGGCAGGCAGAUUGCGAUAACGCUAGCACAGAUGCAGGCACCAGUGCCAGGAGCAGCGGGGGGUGCCCAGGAUCAGCUCGGCGUGACAGAACCACUGGUCCGUCGCGCAGUGGCAGGAAGGACGACCAUAUGAGGCCCGUGGCUGUCGUUGGGGAGGAUGAGAACACUAAUGAGAAGUAUUUUUAUUUGGUGCAAAGGCUUGGGCGCGAAAGCGGCGGCAAGAAGAUGGUGGCAGUGCAGUGGUUGCAAGAGGGCAAGGAUGGCCUGUUCCGCCCUCAAACCCAUUCGAGGUGGGAUGAGAGGGCAGACGCACUGGUGGCCGUGCGCACUCAGUGGGUUACAGGCCGCCCGCGAUGCCCAGGGGGGUACAAGCUACUGACGCUGCGAAAGCGCAUCUUGGACACAGAGAUUGUGUGA